AUGCCAGACAGUCCUUCAAUUCAAAAAUCAUGGGAUUACAUCAAUUUGGAUCGAAUUGUUUCUGAAAUACGAUUACAUUCUCCAAAGGACGAAGCCCGUUUCAAGGCAUUGCAGCAGCCAGAGUCAGGGGGUUGGCUUCAAGUCAUUCCAUCGAAUAACAUCGGUACUGUAAUGGACGAUCAAGACUUUCAAACAUGCACGCCAACAGCCAAAACGCCAGGAGCAACUCUGCUGAAUAAUGUCAUCAAUCUUGAUGGUGACGUAGAUAAACUGGACGAUGUUCAAACCUUGACGUCGCACUCUGCUGUUCGAAAACGUCAUCGACAUAGACGCCCAGCCAGGAUGCAAACGAGGCGAGCCACAAAGCGAAAGCCAUUUCCUGACAGUUACCAAGAACGUUUGGGUAAAGUGACGCAUAAUCUUCACCGCCGCAUUAAAAGAGGAGCUCCGACAGCGAAAAAAGAACGCAUAUGGGACGAUGGUGUCAUACCGUACGAAAUAGAUGCACACUUUAGUGGCGCUCACAAAACAUUGUUCCAACAAGCCAUGCGACAUUGGGAAAACUUUACUUGUAUUAAGUUCGUUGAACGUAUACCCGAUCAACAUCCGAAUUUCAUUCUGUUCACAUCACGACCUUGUGGAUGCUGUUCCUAUGUCGGCAAACGUGGCAAAGGCGGGCAAGCCAUUUCAAUCGGAGAAAAUUGUGACAAAUUCGGAAUCGUAGUGCACGAGCUUGGCCAUGUAGUUGGAUUCUGGCACGAGCACACCCGACCCGAUCGCGCAAAUCACGUUGUAAUCCAGCGGGACAACAUUAUGGCGGGUCAGGAAUACAAUUUCAAUAAGCUAACAGAAGAUGAUGUGAACUCGCUCGGUCUACCAUACGACUUCGAUUCGAUUAUGCACUAUGCACGUAAUACAUUUUCGAAGGGAGCGUAUUUGGACACAAUACUACCAGUUAAUGUGGAAGGGAGAGAACGACCGGAAAUCGGACAGAGAUUGAGAUUAAGUGAAGGAGAUAUAGCACUGGCAAAUCUCCUGUACAAAUGUUCGAAAUGUGGAAAAACGUUUCAAGACAAUUCGGCUACGUUUGCGUCACCAAAUUACCACCUAUCAACACCGUCCAAUGAGCCUCAAGCAUGUGAAUGGCGUAUAACAGCAACGCACGGUGAAACAAUUGUACUGAACAUCACGGAUUUGGCCAUUUUCAAAUCUAACAAUUGCCGGACAGACUAUUUGGAAAUACACGACGGGUACUGGCACAAAUCAAAAGUUUUGGGUCGAUUUUGUGGUUCAGAAAACGUUUCAGAAUUGAUUCAAUCUACAGGCAGUCGAAUGUUGGUGACACUAUCAACAACUCAUCACCAAGAGGUUUAUCGGGGAUUUGCUGCACAUUACGAAGUUGUCUGUGGCGGUGAACUUAAUCUCGAAAGUGGUGGUCGACUUGAUUCUCCCAACUAUCCGCUCGAGUACCGGUCCAAUAGAGAAUGUAUUUGGAGAAUCACCGUACCGGAACAGUCUCAGGUUGCUUUAAAAUUUCAAUCAUUCGAAAUUGAAAACCAUGACAAUUGUGUGUACGAUUACCUUGAAGUGCGCGACGGCCACAGCGCCGAUUCGAAACUAAUAGGUGUGUUCUGCGGCUACGAAAUACCACCAGAUAUGCGGUCGACCACGAACAAAAUGUUUGUAAAAUUCGUUUCCGAUGGAUCCGUUCAGAAGGCCGGAUUUUCAGCAACUUUUAUGAAAGAGCUUGAUGAAUGCAAACUGCAGGAUCAUGGUUGCGAACACGAAUGCAUAAACACUCUGGGCGGAUAUAAGUGUUCUUGUCACAUCGGUUUUGAACUUCAUAGCGACAAGAAAUCGUGCGAAAACGCUUGCGGUGGUUUGAUUGAAGCGCUAACCGGAACGAUAACAUCACCAUCAUUUCCGGAUAUUUAUCCAAGGUCCAAGCAAUGUGUUUGGGAAAUUGUGGCGCCCGAGCAACAUCGCAUUACCAUCAAUUUCACGCACUUUGAUUUGGAGGGAAAUAAUUACCAGCAAGAGGAAUGUGACGACGAUUCGCUGAGUAUUUAUUCGAAGCUAGAUGGAGACAAUGUCAACAAACAUGGCACCUUUUGUGGGUCUCGGGUACUACCCUUGAUAACAUCUGAUGGUAAUGUGAUGAGAAUUGAGUUCCGAUCGGACGAUACAGUACAAAAGAGUGGAUUUGCAGCAAUAUUUUUCACAGAUGCUGACCAAUGUGCUGUAAACAACGGCGGAUGUAUGCACAAAUGCGAAAAAACUGUGGGAUCUUACACUUGUUCGUGUCACAAUGGAUACGUGUUGCACGACAACAAACAUGACUGCAAGGAAAGCGGUUGUAAACAUGAGAUAUCUGUUUCGAAUGGUCAAAUUUACAGCCCAAACUAUCCCGAUUACUAUCCGCCAAAAGGAGAUUGUGCAUGGCACUUUAGUGCAACUCCAGGCCAUCGAAUUAGGCUCAUGUUUACCGAAUUCGAAACGGAAUAUCAUCAGGAAUGUGCAUACGAUCACGUCGAAAUUUACAAUGGAAACACAUCCGAUAGCUUCACAUUGGGACGAUUUUGCGGUCACAAGCUACCACAUCCGAUAUUGGCUGCUAGCAACGAAAUGUUUAUGGUUUUUAUAUCCGACGCAAGUGUGCAAAGGGGAGGUUUUGCUGCAACUCAUUCGACUGUCUGCGGCGGUCAUUUGAUUGCCACAUCGCAGGUACAACAUUUAUAUUCGCAUGCGAAUUACGGUGAAUCUAAUUACGAUAACAACGCGGAUUGUGAAUGGGUCAUUGAAGCUGACCUGGGAGGAAACGUGCAGUUGACAUUCGAAACAUUUGAUAUUGAAGAUCAAAUAACCUGUUCGUAUGACUAUGUGGAGGUGUUUAACGGAAUGGACGACUACAGCGGGCCAAUAUAUGGUCGGUAUUGUGGUAGCACUAAACCGGAAGACAUAAUAUCCGUAAACGAAGGGCUCCUCGUUCGAUUCCGCACCGAUGGCACAAUGGUAUCGCAUGGAUUUUUGGCAACAUACAUUUCGGUGGAUCCAUUCGAAGAAGUUGAGCAGAUGAAAUCAGAAAAUUCAGGAAUGGUGACACCAUUUCCCGGUUACCUGAGAAGCAUUUAUGUGGCCAAAUUAGACAACGACUACGAUCAGGACGAUGAUGAUCAGAGGAAAGUAGAAAUGCCAAAAAAUUCGACUAAGUUUAGUUAGUAUAAACAAUAGUUAAUUAACGUUGA